GACAGACUGAGCACUCAUUCAAAGUAAACAUCAAAGACAAGUUAGCAUUGCAGACACAGUAAUAUUUAACACAAACAGUUAACAAUAUGGUAUUUUUGUCGUUGUUCUUGUUUUUUUUGUUUUUCGUUUUUUUUUUAAAGAGGAACUUAAGCCUUAUCCACUCACACAGACCUGCUGUAUGUUCAGGAUGAUUUGGAUUUAUCAGACUUUUUAUUUGAUUUUCUUACUCGCUUCAGUUUACAGUGACUGUGUGACACAGAUCUAUGAAAAUACUUACUUCCAAGGAGGAGACCUCAUUACAGUUUUCACACCAAGUGCCAAUUACUGUCAAAUAGUUUGUACUUACCAUCCUACCUGCCUGCUCUUCACAUAUUUGCCAGUGACGUGGACAAAAGAUCCUGCACAGAGGUUCUCCUGCUACUUAAAAGACAGUGAUACUGAAAUGCUACCGAAAGUGAAGAUGGAAGGAGCUAUUUCUGGACAUUCUUUAAAACAAUGCAACAUCAAAAUUAGUGCUUGCAGUCCAGAUGUCCACUUAGGAUUGGAUAUGCAAGGGAUAAAUUAUGACGUUAGUAUGGCUGACAGCUAUCAACAGUGCCAAAAAAGAUGCACCAAUGACAAGCACUGUCAUUUUUUUACAUAUGCCCCAAGAACAUUCCGUGAUGCAAGCUUUCGUGAAAAAUGCUUCUUGAAACAUACCAGUUUAGGAACUCCAACCAGCAUAAGGGUGCUUGAUGAGGUUGUGUCUGGAUUCUCCUUAAAGCCAUGUCAGCUUUCUGAAUUAGAUUGUCAAAUGGACAUUUUUGAACAUGAAGAAUUUUCAGGAAUGAAUGUUACAAGUUUUUUCACUCCUGACACAUUUGUCUGCCAAACUAUUUGUACUUAUUUUCCAAACUGCUUGUUCUUUACAUUCUUCACCAAGGAAUGGCAAAUAGAAUCUCAAAGAAAUCUUUGCCUCCUGAAAACAUCAACAAGUGGAAUACCAGAGGCACUUACAUUACGAGAAAAUGCUAUUUCAGGUUUUGGUCUCCUAAAUUGCAGAAGAUACUUUCCUGCCUGCAAUUCUCGCACUUACGUGCAUAUGAAUUUUUUGGGAGAUGAACUCAAUGUCACUUACACUAAAGGACCCAGAGCUUGUCAGCAGGUUUGCACAGACAUGAUCCGCUGCCAAUUUUUUACUUACUUUCCCCUCCAAGAGUCAUGCAAUGAGGAAAGAAAGUGUGAGUGUCAUCUAAGAAUGUCGUCAAAUGGAUCUCCAGUGGAAAUACAACAUGGGCCAGGAAGGAUCUCUGGAUACUCACUAAGACUAUGUAAAAAAAAGGCCAGUACUGUAUGUAUGCAGCAUUCUUCAAGAAAUAUUAGGAUAAUUGGAGGGACGGACUCUUCCCCUGGUGAAUGGCCAUGGCAAGUAAGCUUACAUGUGAAGCUAUCUCGCCGGAGACACCUCUGUGGGGGCUCUAUCAUUAGUAACCAGUGGAUCCUUACAGCUGCCCACUGUUUUGUGAGUGUUCAGAACCCCAACAUUUGGCGUGUUUAUGCUGGUGUUUUAAAACAAUCAGAAAUAAAUGAGGAUACACCUUUCUUCAGAGUGGAAGAGAUUAUUAUUCAUCCUCAGUAUAAUUCUGCACAGACUGGAUAUGACAUUGCUUUACUGAAACUUGAUAAGGCUAUGAAUUUUACUGAUCUUCAACUUCCUAUUUGCCUGCCAUCAAAAGAAGAGGCUAGCAUGCUCUAUACUGACUGCUGGGUAAUUGGAUGGGGUUACAGGAAGGAAAGAGGUCGUGUAGAAGAUAUUCUUCAGAAAGUUACUGUUCCGCUCAUGUCAAAAGAGGAAUGCCAGGCAAGAUACCGGAAGCGCAGAAUAGAUGACAAAGAGAUCUGUGCUGGCUAUGACGAAGGUGGAAAGGAUGCCUGUAAGGGAGAUUCUGGAGGACCACUGUCAUGCAGGCACGAGGAGGUGUGGUAUCUGGUGGGCAUCACCAGUUGGGGCGAAGGCUGCGCUCGGCCCCGGCAGCCAGGAGUCUACACAAAAGUUGUUGAAUUUUCAGACUGGAUUUUGGAAAAAACUACGUAACAUGAACAUAACUUACUGACUCAUAAUGUUGUUGUAGAGAAAUAACCCUGGGAGCAACAGGAUGAUGUUCAAUGUAAAAAAAAAAAAAUGUAUUAAAGUUUUAAAAAUGGUGUUUCCUGUUAGUCGAAGCAUAAAAGACGUGAUUAAAGAAGUAGAAAAGAAAAAAUCAAUGAAUUUUACAAUGAAUGUAAGCAAAAGUAGACUUUCUGAUCACUGAUUUGUUAGAAAAUAUUAUACAUCUGAGCCAUUGACUUCUUUCAUCUCUAGCACAAAAUAUUCUAUGAGACUUGUUCAGGGAGACUGGGAAUUUUUUGUUUACUUCAGUGAUGACAGGACCUCCUCCUCUUCUGUAAAUAUAACUGAAAUUAACAAUGAUUAAGAGAGUAUUAAAAGGCCAGGAAAAUCUGGCCUCUACUCCAAAAGUUCAUUGAUGACAGACUGCAACUAACAUUAUAAUCCUCUUGAUUAAAUAAACUAUCUCAGCUACAGAAUAAUAUUCUUGAUUUUACCUUGAUAAUAACUUUUCCCUUUUUGAAUUUCUCCUUUUUUUAUUUUGUUCUUUCUACUCAUUUUUAGUCAGGUAACAAAAAUAUUUUGUAGCCAAAAUAAAUACUAAUGUGAGAAGCAGCAGUCAAACUAUUUUUUUCCGUAGUGAGAAGUUUUCCAGAAGUAUUUCUGGAUCAGAAAAGAGCACACUUUUUUCUUUCACUUUUGUCUUUGCUAAACUUGUUUCCUAAUACUCUACAUUGCCUUAAUUGCUGAAAAUAUAUUCCAGAAUUCUGUUUAUGAUUGCCUCACAACCACACUGAGUGUGUUGUAGAGGUCUAUACUGGCAGUGUCUUUAGGAGUAAAGAAGUAAUUAAAUAAAAUAUGUCAAAUUUAUGGAAAAAUACUCAUCAAGCUGCCAUAAAUGAGAUGAACAUUUAUUUUUUUAAAGCAUUAUUUGCAACUAUCACCAAGGAAAAAUGAAAUUCCAUAACUACAAGGUUACGAACCAUUGUACCUAUUCUUAACCCUACUAAGAGCCCCUAUCAUGUGUGAACUCUCUCGGUGUUCUAGAUCCCUGCUUUGAGAACCUCUGUGCUGGCUGCAGCUGUUCAGAGGCCCAAAAGGCAAAGGUGGGAGAAACACAUGCAGGUGUAGAAUGGGAGAUAAAAUUGAAGGCUGAGGUUAUCUUCAUGCUCUGAUUAAUCCAAACCUGGUUUAAAAUAUCAGCAAUCCUCUGAUGUGCUGUCAAAAAUUCAUGGACUUAAAAAAGAGACUGGGAGUGGACAGGAAAAAAUAGAAAGCACAAAUGCAACACAAGAAGAAGAAAUAUUUCUGGCAUUUAAGUGUGGUUCUAUUCUCAAGGGGAAUGAAUGAAGACUCUGGAAAAGAGCUGCUGAAGAAACAAAGGAAAUAUGUCACUGUGAAAACAGAGAUUAAAUUCUCAAAUAAAGAACCAGUAGGAGACCAUCUGCAAUACUCAUCUGCCAAUUCUUGAGCUAAAUUCAUAUUUGCUAAAGAAAUAUGCAGUGCCGAACUGAGAACCUUUAAUGCUUUCUUAUAAUAAUAACAUCAUCAGAAUCUCUUAAUAAGUGUGAUCCUGCUUAAUCUCAUCAGUAGGUACCUUAGAGUAAAUGAGAGGCAGUUUAUGGCUUCUUUUUCUCCUUCCUUUUCUUUUCCUUUGUUUGGGAAAAAUAACUAGGAAAAAAAGCAAGAUCUUAAAACCUCUUUUAGUCUCAUCAAACAAAAAUCUGGCCUUAUACUUUAAAUCUUCCCCUCUUUAUGUUAUACAGAACAUAAACUUCAGUAUUUUAGUUGUUAUUUUGAUUAAUGGUAAGUGUCUCUGGCAGUGUUUUAUAUUCUGUUUUAUAUUCUACUUUAUUUCUACUGAAAAUCAAUGAAGCACAUCAUCUCGCUUAUACCAGAUCAGCAGAAAUCUUUCAGGGGAAUGUUGGCAUUAGUCUGCCCUGAAACUUUGUACAAAUAAGGUCCCUGUUCCCAGAAAUUUACAGUCUUGUUCAGGCACAGAGGAGACACUUCAUGCACACAAUGAUAGUCUGGAGGGCAGUUUGUUCAUUGUAAAAUAAAGCAGGCUGUGGAGUUGCUCAAGUGGACUCUUCAGUUUGUAGUCAUUUUAAUAAGAAUGUAAACUAAACAAAACCAGUUUUCCAUUAAACUGGUGUUGCAAUGUGUUUCUUUCACAGCUGAUGCUCUGCCUUAUGACUGAGUCUGAAAUACAUUGUCUUAUUCUUAAAGAUGUUCAAGAGACAUUUAGAUGUGGUACUAAGGGGCAUGCUUUAGUGGGGAAAUAUUGGUGGUAGGUGGAUGGUUGGACUGGAUGAUCUUGGGGGUCUUUUCCAUCCUUGGUGAAUCUAUGAUUCUUGAAAAUUACCUGAGCUGGGAAUGGGAAGACAUGAAACCUCUCAUUGCUUCUACCCAGAGGAAUCCAAAAUUCUUAUGGUAAAGAUGUACAAAAUCCAUGCUUCUAGAGAGGGAGGGAAAGGAAUCAUUUGUUAUAAGAUUUUUAGUAUAAGAUUUAUUUAUUUUGUGAAAAAGAAUUAUUCUGGCAUGAUGAAAGCUGCAUUGCAGACUCUGAAAAGCAAGGAAGGAUCUGGAUAGAAUGAAAUCCAUUCACAGUGGCAGUCCUUCCAGUAGAAGAACUGUUAAAUUAAAAUGUGGAUACUUAUUCCCUGUCUAAUUUCCAGUAUGUAUGAAGGUUUCUUUUUGAAAAUUAUUAUUAACUCAUAUAAUUUGUGAAAUAUCUGCAUUAUAACAUAAUAAUAUAAAUUUCCGCCUCAAAUAAAAGGCAACAAUAAUAGCA